GAGCACGUCCCGGGCAUCAGCCAGCACCUCCCAGCCGCAGAGACCAUGCAGGUGGCUGCCAUCCUCCUGCUGCUCGCCCUGGCGCUGGCGACUCCCAGCUCCUCUGCUGAGCGGAAGUGUGUCCUGGCAGGACUUUGGAUCAAUGACCUGGGCUCCAAUAUGACCAUCAAUUCUGUGAAUGAAGCAGGCGAGUUCUCCGGCACGUACCACACAGCCGUGACAGCUGGCAACAGUGAAAUCAAGAUUUCGCCGCUGCAGGGAUCCCAGCACCGUGAGAACAACAGCAACCAGCCCACCUUCGGUUUCACUGUCAACUGGAGUUUCUCAGACUCCAUCGCCGUCUUCGUGGGCCAGUGCUUCGUGGACAAGGACGGGAGGGAAAUUUUGAAGACCAUGUGGCUCCUGCGAGAGCAGGUCGGCAGCCUCGGCGACGACUGGAAAGCCACCAGAGUCGGCAUCAACGUCUUCGUCCGCCGGGCGCCGCGCAGGGAGUGAGGAGCCGCGGGCGGUGCUGCCCCCCGCCGCCGAAGCCCCCUCCACCCCCCCCGCCCCCAAUAAAGCUUUUCUGCAAACGGCCGCCCGCUCUCGUCGCUCCGCGCCGUCCCGGCCCCCGACGGCGCCACCCCCGGCCCGGCACCCGCCGAGCCGCCGCAGCCGCCCGCGGGCGCCGCCGUCGCUUCGCCCCCCCAACCCCCCCGCGGCCCCGCGGCGGGGGAGGGAGACGCCGUCUGGCAGCCGAGCCCCCGCUAUAAAGGGCGCCGGAGCCGGAGCCCGGGGAAGCGCCGGGGGCUCCGUGUUGCCGAAGCCGAAACGCCUCCCUCUGCGGGGCUCCCUGAGGGCAGCGGGAGCCCGAGUGACAGCACGGGAAAUGGCUGAAGAACAGCUGAGAAAAGCCGGUGGAAGACUGCGUCGCUUCAGACUCUCUGGCUAGCAACAAACACGGCAUAAGGAGAAUUUUAGAACUACAGAAUUAAAGCCAUUUUUAAAAGC